AUGAAUAUUUGCCCUAUCCGAUAUACUCCAUAUUUGAAUAAUUCUAAAAGAAGACAAAGGAUGGUUGAUCCCAAUAGAGCAAAAAGCUCUCAAGGGAUGAGAUUAAAUUCUUCAAGUCAAAACAGAUGCUCUACAUAAUAAAGUCCUAACAGAACUCCUAGUUAAGGCGAAUUGCAACAAUUAGAAAUUUAACAUCAGGCUGGACCAAUUGCACAGAAUUAAUAAUAAUUGUUUCUGUCAACCCAGAUCAGGAGAAGUCCGUCAUUUCGAUUGAAGAAUUAUCAUGCAGCCGAAAUAACAUCGAGUACACAAUCAAAUUCACACUAGAAAAGACAGAAUUUUAUUGUAAGCGGAAAUUAAAGCAAGGAAGAGAGAAUAAAUAGAAUAAAUUUCUUAGGUGAUUUAUUACAAUAAAUGGAGUAAAAUGGAUAAUAAACAAAGCAAUCUCUGUCUACUGAAAUGACCACAGUACCUAAACCGAAAUUUGAAAUUCUGAAUGCAAGAACAUUAACUGAAUAUGAAUAAAACAUAGAAGAAUUGCAUUUCUACCUUGUAGAUUCCUAAUAAAGAACAAAAUAGUAUGCUCAAGUAAUUGAAAAGCAAAAAUAAAUAAAUGAAUAUAAUUGA